AUGUCUUCAUGUAUUAUCACAGAUCUCAGGCCCAUUGAUUUGAGUCUUGCCGAAUCCAAGCCUGCGUUGAUCGCGGUCAGUCCUACUGUUUCCAUUCAAACGGCACUCUCUAAAAUGCAGCACAACAAGAUCACAUCCUUGCCUGUCUUUUCUCACAACAAUACCGAGGUGGUCAGUAUUGUCAAUCUCUUUGACAUUUUGCUCUAUUUGGUUGGUGAAAGCACUGCUACUAUCGAGAAGGAAAAGUUGAGGCUGGAUGACCCUGUUGAAAAUGUGUUGGGAUUGGAUACCGACAGAGAAAGCUAUCGCAUCCACAAAGUGGAUCGCAAAGAUAAGCUGAUUGAGACAUUACGCGCUUUCUCUAAUGGAAAGCACCGGGCUUUGGUUGUUCAAUUUGACGAUGAACUGAAGAAGCCUUGGAUUUUGUCUCAGACGGACAUCAUCCGACAUAUUAUCAACCAUCCAGAUUCCGUUGCCGGCUUACUUGAUUUAGACGGUCGUGUACAGGAUUUGAACCUUAUUCAAAAGCAAAAGGUGGUUAUGGCUGCCGACACGGAAACAGCUAUACAGGUCUAUCGCAUGAUGGCUGAAAAGAAUUUAAGUGGUGUUCCUGUGAUUGAUGUGCAUGGCAAAUUUGAGGGCGAUUUAUGUGUCGAAGAUUUACCUAGUGCUAAUUUGGAGCACAUUGAUCAGUUGACCUUGACUUGCAAGGAAUACAUCAAGUAUACGUCUGAUUACUUGACUCCUAGCACUGCAACUCCUGAUGCUACUCUAAAAGACGUUUUUGCUAUUAUGUUGAGAGAAGAUACGCAUCGUGUUUGGAUUCUGGAUUCCAAUGAAUCAAAGAAUGUCAUUGGGGUAGUUACUAUGUCUGAUAUUAUGAGGCUCUUGUGUGUAAACCAUAAGCCAUCCCUUUUCUAA